CAGGAGAAUUGAACAGCAGAGAUAAAGCUAGAGAAGCCAUGGUUGGGGCUAGUAAGUGUCAUUAAUAUCCGACGAGAAUAUAAUCCGCUGUUGCAGCUGCUUCGAUUUUAGGGUUAAUGAUGCCUAAAAAAUCCCCCAAUUCGUCUCAUACACGCACCCGCACUCUCGAUUGAAAGCAUCAUCCACUUUAGCAGCGGUAGAUAAAUAGAUGAUCGAAACUAACUUUGAUGCAGAGACGACAGAGCACAGCGCGUCCGUUACAGAGGGAGUGGCUGUUCGUGCUUUUUGAAGAAAAGUGGAUUCCCUUUUAUCGCAAGCUGUGGGAUUCCGUUGAGAACAAGUAUGGAAAAAGCGGGGAGGAUGAGGAUCAUUUCUAAUUCGCAGAUAUGGCUGCAGCUCCUUUUGGCUCUCUUCGUCGCGUGAUACACAUAUAUAUAUAUAUAUAUCUCCCAAUCUUUCUUAGGCUUUCUGUUUCUUUGCCUUUACUCUCUUCUCCUGCACUACUGCACCAUCUCUUUCUGCUUUUUUCACAGUGCCGAUACGUGAUUCGCGCGGGGCUGUCUUCGAAAGCAUGAAAGUGCGUGGUGAAGAAUUGAUGAUGUUCUUUGUGCUCCUUGAUUGAUUGUUUGGUUGGGUGGAAAUAUAAUUUGAUUGGGUGUUUGUGUUGUGGGUUCUCUAAUCUGCCGAUCGGAGUUACAAUCACAUUUCCUUUCAUCGGGGAAAUUAUUGUUACUUUUUUAUUGGAAUAGAAAACGAAAGGCUUGCGUUUUCUGCCCUUGGUUUGUCCCAAAACGUCAAAAGAUUGCAUAAUCGUGGUUUUGUAGGCCAAAUUUCCCCUCUCUCUCUCUCCUCUCUCUCUCUCUCUCUCUCAUAUUCAAAGGAGGAGGAAAAAAUCCCUUCAAUUUCUCGCGUCAUCUCUGCCAUAAAAUUCGAUUCACUAUUUAACCCCUGUGCGUGUUUUUCUGGUUCUGGAAAUUCGAUCUCUCUCUCUUUAUCUGAAGAGAAUCACGAUGAUCUUUGAUAAGGUUCCUCCAAUGCAGACAAACCUUGAGAGCUUCUUGGAUUGCACAACACCUCUGGUCCAAUCUCAAUUGCUGUCCAAGAAUGAGAUUAGGAAACUGAACAGCCUAUGGCAUCCAUGGGAAAGUGAAAAGGUCGUGGACUGCUUCGUCCUCGGCGAUCUUUGGCGAAGCUUUAGCGAAUGGAGUGCAUACGGCGCCGGAGUUCCCGUCCGUUCUGAUGACGGCGAAAUUCUGACCCAAUAUUUCGUGCCGUACCUCUCCGCCAUCCAAAUUUUCACCGGCAGGCGUUUGAGGGAAGAGAUCAGUGAGUCCUUGAGCGAGACGAGGGAUUCGUAUAGCGAUUCUUGCAGCGACGAGAGUGAGAGCGAUAAGCUAUCAAGGUCGGAUGGAUAUUCCUCCGAGGAAGGACCAUUCGAUCACAGCAGCUUUGUCUGGCAUCCGAACCAAAGAUUAGGCAAUCUUUACUUUGAGCACUUUGAGAGAUCAUCUCCAUACGGAAGAGUUCCUCUUUCAGACAAGAUUCAUAGCUUUGCCCAAAGGUACCCUGGAUUAAUGUCGCUAAGGAGCGUAGAUCUUUCUCCGGCGAGUUGGUUGGCGGUAGCUUGGUACCCGAUUUAUCACAUCCCUAAUGGUAGAUCCAUCAAGGACUUACAAACAUGCUUCCUCACAUACCAUACAUUGUCGUCUUCAUUUCAAGAUAUGGAGAUGAAGGAAGGGGAUUGCACAUCUCUCCCUCCUUUCGGUUUGGCAACUUACAAGAUGCAUGGAGACAUGUGGAUAUCGAGCAAGAAUGUCCAAGACCGUGAGAGGAUCAUGUCGCUACUGAGUGUGGCGGAUUCGUGGCUAAAGCAACUACGCGUCAACCAUCACGACUUCAACUAUUUCAUGGGAAUUCAUGUCCCCGGGAGAUAGGUUCGGGCAUUCGAUGUUUUGUCCUUAUGAGAAGUUGAAAUUGAGAGACGUUUUGUAGAAAAAAGUUGCCUGUUUUUUGGUGAAUUUUUAAGACAGGAAGGGCAUGGAUAAGGGGAAGUAUGUAGAUCAAUUUGGGAGAGGUUGAUCUCCUGAUGAUCUCAUCUCAGGCUUUGCGUGUUUUGUCCGAACAAAAAAGGUUCUUACGGGACAAGUUGAUGUUGUUUGCACUGAUGAAUGGACCAUCGACUUUGGUGCAGUUUUGACUUACCAAAAAUCAUUUAAUGCGAGAAAAAUGUUAGGCUAAUCUGUAACCCCAAAUUGAUAUAUUCCUGUUUGGAGAUUUUCAUUUAUCUGUUCGCCAAGUAA